CCUCCCAAACGUGCCCGGCAUAUGAUAAAGUCCUGCAAAUGCGAAACUCGCGCAAACUCCCAUCUUUCUUCCAAUUCCGGCACCUCUCCGUUCAAAUCACCACCCUUUCUCCCCGCGAGAUCACCCGCCACAACCUCGAGAUUGGAUCCCUGGGUCGCGCCGGCAAAAUCGCCGCAGCCCGCAACCUGUUCGACAGAAUGACCAACCGCGACGUCGUCUCCUGGAACGCCAUCAUCACAGCUCACUGGCAGAACAACAACCUGUCGGAGUCCAAGAAACUCUUCAGCUCCAUGCGCGAGAGGAAUAUUGUCUCCUGGAACACCAUGAUUGCCGGCUGCCUCCACAGCUGCCUCGUAGACGAAGCUUUUGCUUACUUCCUCGAGAUGCCCGACAGGAAUCUGCAAUCCUGGAACGUAAUGUUAUCCGGGUUUGUUAGAUUUGAUCGGAUGGACGAAGCAGAGAAGCUGUUCGGGGAAAUGGCGAACCGAAAUGUGAUUUCUUAUACAGCAAUGCUCGAUGGGUUCGCUCGCGACGGGAAGAUCGAUUGUGCUCGGCAGCUGUUUGAUGUUAUGCCUGAAAGAAAUUCGGUGUCUUGGGCUGCCAUGAUUAGUGGGUAUGUCGAGAAUGGGAGGUUUAAAGAAGCAGAAUGUCUUUUUCUUCAGAUGCGGGAGAAGAAUGUGGUCGCAAUCACUGCAAUGAUCACUGGAUAUUGUAAAGAGGGGAAGGUGGAAGCUGCAAGAACCCUUUUUGAUGGGAUUCUGCACAAAGAUAUUAUCUCAUGGAAUGCCAUGAUUGCCGGAUACUCCCAUAAUGGCUAUGGUGAAAGAGCGCUGAAACUGCAUGUUCAGAUGAUGGAAGCAGGCAUGAGAGCAGAUCAUGCAACCAUUAUUGGUUUAUUAACAGCAUGUUCUGCUCUUUCUUUACUACAGAGAGGAAGGCAAAGCCACGCAAUAUCCAUAAAGUCUGGGCUGGAGUUUGAUAUCUCUUUAUGUAAUGCCUUGAUGAGUAUGUAUAGCAGAUGUGGUAGCAUUGAUGAUUCUGAGUUGGUCUUUCAAACAAUGCAGAAUCGAGAUUUGGUUUCAUGGAAUACCAUAAUUGCAGCAUUUGCACAACACGGAUUGUAUCAGAAAAUGAUGGCCUUUUUCGUGGAUAUGGAAGCAAAUAAAUUUAUACCAAACGGGUUAACUUUUCUUGGUCUCCUAUCAGGCUGUAGAGGUUCAGGAAAGGCUGAUGAGAGCCUAGACUGGUUUAAUCUAAUGGUAUCUGGAUAUGAGAUAGCCCCAACGCCUGAACAUUAUGGUUGUAUAGUGGACAUUCUGAGCAGGGCAGGAAUGUGGGAUAAAGCUUGGGAGCUUGUUAAAGAGAUGCCGUUUGAAGCCAAGGGCAGUACAGUUUGGGGUGCUUUGCUGGGGGGCUGCCACGUUUACAGAAAUUUAAAACUAGGAGAAGUAGCUGCUGAAAAGAUACUGCAGCAGGAUCCAAAAUGCUCUGGGGCAUAUGUUAUGCUUUCAAACAUGUAUGCCGCAGGUGGAAUGUGGGAACAGGCGAGUAAAGUGAGGGAACUGAUGAACAGGUGUGGAGUGAAAAAACAACCGGGCAACAGUUGGAUUGAGAUUUCUAAUAAAGUGCAUGUUUUUUUGGUGGGAGAUUCAUCGCAUUCAGAUAUUGAAAGGAUUCAUUUUGAACUUGAAUGUAUUCGAUUGCAUAUAAGGAAGCAUGCUGCUGAGAUUGAUGUAUCAGACUACAUUUACGUAUAGAUGAAAUAGAGAACAGAGGGUUAAGACUAUGGAUUCAUUGAUUUUAUGAAAACAGAUGGAAAGUUUCCGUGAUUGAGGUUUCUGACUUGGACCGGCUUCAGCCAGGUAAAGGCGAGUUUCGAAAGAAUUAGAAAGUGUAUCAGGAAGCACAGUGAAUGAACUAGAUUUACCUGAAAUAUAUGCAAAGGCCCAAUGUCAUGCUUUUAGAUUAUGAAUAGAGCAGCACUUUCUUCAUUCUGCUCCGUAUUUUGUUAUACCCGAUGCAAAAGUAUUUUGACAGGUGAGGCUGCGCUGAUUGGUAUACCGAAUUUGGCUGAAGAAAGAUAAAUUGGUUACGGAAGAUUUGAUUAUCAUACCAGCAAGCUCUUAAGAUUGUCAAAGAUCAUGGAAAGGAAACAUUCAUUUACGCACAACGAUUCAUGGGGUAAAAAACAAGAUCUGAUGAAUUGACGUGGGGAGCUGCUUCUGGUUGCUCUAUAAACAGCGAUGACUAGGAAACC